CGUGCUUGAAUGUUAGAAUCUCUAAUUGGAUAAAAAGAAAAAAAAAAGAAAAAGAGUAAACGCGGUCAAAUCAGUGUUCGGUUUGUAUAAUUUCAAAGAAAUUUCAAUGGUUCCAUCAAAAUUUUGAUUGGUUUUGCUACAAAAUCGCUAAUUUUUUCGUCUCCUGAUUACACAAUCAUCAUUUUUUUCUAUUUUUUCAGAAAUUCUCUGUUCUUGCUGAGUUUCUCGGCUUGGGCGGUGAAUUUCUCAGAGAUAUUGCGGUUUGGGUAUAAAAAUGGGUGAGCAUUUGGUUGUGAAAGAUGAGGACCGGGUCCGGGUUGGGAAUACAGAUGCAUUAUCAUCAUCAGGGGAACAGAUUGAAAAUGGGAAGAAGGCAACGGAAGUAGUGGAAGGAAUUGGAGCUUCGUCUUCGAAUUCGAAGACGAUGAAGGAAAAGGAAUUGGCUGUUGAGGAAGAAGAAGAAGGGAAUGAGGAGGUGCCGUUAAUUGGGGGUGCAGAGUGCCGUAUUUGUCAAGAUGAAGAUUCUUUGAAUAAUUUGGAGAGUCCUUGUGCUUGUUGUGGAAGUCUCAAGUAUGCACAUCGAAAGUGUGUUCAACACUGGUGCAACGAGAAGGGUGAUAUUACUUGUGAGAUUUGCCAUCAGCAAUACCAGCCUGGUUACACUGCCCCUCCUCGAGCUCGGUCAGAGGAUACUAUUAUAGAUAUUGGGGGAGGAUGGCAAAUUGCUGGCACACCUCUGGAAUUACACGAUCCUCGCCUUUUGGCAAUUAGAGAGGCUGAACGCCAACUUUUGGAAGCUGAAUAUGAUGAUUAUAAUGCUACAAAUGCAAGUGGUGUUGCAUUCUGCCGUUCUGCUGCUCUAAUUUUAAUGGCUUUUCUGCUCUUGCGACAUGCAUUACCUGUAGCAGAUGCAGAUGGAGAUGACGAAGAUCCCUCUGCUUUCUUCUCGCUUUUCUUGCUUCGGUUAAUUGGCUUUCUUUUACCUUGCUACAUCAUGGUCUGGGCCAUCAGCAUUUUGCAGCAGCGCAGGCAAAGAGAGGAAGCUGCAGCAUUAGCAACAGCACAAUUUGCAUUUGUGGUACAAUCUGGGCAGCCAACAGGUGUACAGUUUGCCAUGGCAUCAGCUACACCAUCUGUUCCUGCAUCAACGGACUCUUCGUCUGUGCCUGCACCAAUGGAUCGGGUUUAAUAUUGUCACAUGCGAAUAUUGGUUCCUGUCAUGAAAGCUUCCAGCUGCAACGAGCCUCGUUUAUUAAACGUAGAUGCUGCGUCGUUUUGUAAGUAGUAUUGUGGAUAUAAUAGCAGCAUCUCAUGAACCAACAAUUUUACCAAGCUGUAUAUUAAAAUUCUUUUGAUCUUGGUAUGUAUGUAUGACAUUUAGUAACCAUUUUUCACAUCUGGUUGAGACCAGUUUUGUAUAAUGUCUUGUAGAAACCUUCAUUUUUUUUUAUUUUGCAUUUCAGUUGGCUAAAUUUAUUUUACUCUAUUGUUAAAUAUA